CCGUUACACACAUACAACAGACAACACUUGGCUUCUUUGACUUGACAAAUGAUAAGUUACAUCAAUUUAACUGUCUGUCCCUAACACAUGUGCAUAUAUAUAUCAUCACCCAUCACUUUCUCAUAAAGUGCUUGCUUCACAAUGGCCUCAACAGGUAAUAAGAGUAACGGAGAGAAAGAAGAGCUUGGUUUCAGUUCAUCAUCAAUUACUAAUGAGACAAAGGCAAAGAAGGACUGGGUCCUUUUGUCCCUUAGGGUGGUUUCAGUUUUGGCCACUGCUUCUGCCACAAUUGUGAUGACACUCAAUAAACAGACAAAAAAUUUGGUAGUUGCUACGCUUGGUACCACUCCUAUAACUACCACUAUUACCGCAAAGUUUAACCAAACUCCAGCUUUUGUGUUCUUUAUUAUAGCCAAUGGAAACGCUUGUCUCCAUAACUUGGUGAUGAUAGCUGUGGAUUUAUUAGGACCCCGAUAUGAUUACAAGGCACUCCGGCUUGCAUUAAUUGCAAUAUUAGAUAUGAUGGUUGUGGCUUUGGCAUCAGCUGGAGAUGGUGCUGCAACAUUCAUGUCAAUGUUGGGAAGGAAUGGCAAUUCUCAUGCACGAUGGAAUAAGAUAUGUGACAAAUUCGAAACCUAUUGUGACAGAGGUGGUGCUGCUCUUAUACCAUCUUUCAUUGGCUUCAUCAUCCUCUUGAUAAUUACAGUCAUGUCUAUCAUCAAGCUCCUCAAGCCAAAUCGCAUUAACCAUGCUCUGAUCCUUAACUGAUAAUUAACAUCACAGUAGUUACACAAAAGAUUUCUGUUUCUUUUUUUUUAUUUCUUUCUUUUUUACUUUCUUUCUUCUUAAUAUUUGUCAGGUUGACUUUAGUUUCCUGUUUGAAUGCUACCCGAUGCACAAAUAAAAAAAGGUUUAGGGACCGUUUGGAAACUCCAAAAGCUACUUUUUUUUUUUUUUUUUUUAUCUUUUGACUUAUAAAAAGUUACAUUAAUAGUGUUUGGUACAAUUUUUUAGAUAAACUUUUAACUUUUUAAAAAGUUAUUUAAGAGCUUUUGAAGAAGUUAAAAAAUAUGAUUUCUCCUAUUUUCAAAAUCUAUCUUAUUACUCCUAUUUAAUGCACAACUUUAAAACAAGGACUUCUAUAAUAACUUUCCAAACACAAAUAACUUAUUUAAAAGUUGUUAUUAAUAAAAGUCUUUAUAUUUUAAUCUCCUUUUUCAAAAGAACUUAUUUAAGAAAUUUAGCCAAACUUUUAAUAUCAUGCAACUUUCUGAGUCGCCUUAUAUGCACUACUGUUCAGACAUGCGAUGAAUUAUUAAUAAUUUGGUUUCUUUAUAAAUUAGGCAAAGAUAAGAACCAGACGGUCGGUUCAAGUGGUACUAAAGUAUAGCAAUAGGAUCAAAGAUAUUUAAAAAUUUAGAGGAAAAGGAUAAAUUGACGUCUAAUUUUUUGGUUGGUUUAUGGAUAUUUAAGUCCAUGGCUUCUUUAAAAUUUGGACACGACGAUUGAUAAACCCAUAUUUUAUGAUAUAUUUUGUGCUUAAUUUGAGUGAUUUAUUCAAUCCUUCACCCACAUAUUCAUAUUAAUUUCAUGAUUUAACUUCUCCUUCCUUAUUAUGUGAUGUAUGUGAAAAACAUGUUUCCUAUACUUUAAAAUUAAUUAUUUUAAUUACCUUUAUUUUCAUUCGAUGCCGUGAUCAGUGUGUUGAGUAGUUUCAGAUCUUCUA